AUGUCGACCCUCACACAUUCUCAAGCUUUCGCGCCCUCUCAGGAGGCCCACCGUACCACGCACUUUGGAUUCAGAACUGUGCCGGAAGAGGAUAAGGAAUCUCUAGUGAAGAAUGUCUUCGACUCCGUAGCGUCCUCGUAUGACCUCAUGAACGAUGCUAUGUCCUUGGGGGUCCAUCGUCUUUGGAAGGACGAAUUUGUGUCAUUACUGAAACCCGGAUCAAAGGGACCCAUAAAGUGCAUCGAUGUUGCGGGUGGAACGGGAGACGUUGCUUUGCGCAUCCUGGACUUCGUCAGAGAGCGCUAUGCGGAUAGAGAGACCGCUGUAGAUGUUGUCGACAUCAACGGUGAGAUGCUGAAGAAGGGAUACAAGCGCUUCAAGAAGACUAUGUAUCACAAUACACCUCAGAUUGCCUUUCAGGAAGCCAACGCUCAGGCUCUGCCCGAAGACAGGUUUCCUGCGAACACCUAUGAUUUGUACACUAUUGCUUUUGGUAUUCGUAACUGCACGUCCGUUCCGGAUGUCCUGACGGAAGCGUACCGCGUCCUCAAGCCAGGCGGCACAUUCGCGUGCUUGGAGUUCAGCAAAGUGAACAACCCACUUUUCAGCGCUGUAUACGACCAGUAUUCGUUCUCGAUCAUUCCUCUGCUCGGAACCAUCCUCGCGGGCGAUCGCGAAUCGUAUCAAUAUCUUGUCGAGUCCAUUCGCAAGUUUCCUUCUCAACCCGAGUUCGCCAAGAUGAUCGAAGAUGCUGGGCUCACAAUUGGUGGCAUGCACGAGGGAAAGGGAGGUGCAUGGAGGGAUCUCUGGGGUGGCAUCGCCGCUAUCCACACGGGCGUGAAGUUGUGAUACGCUCGUCGCUGUAGCUAUUCGUCUGCAUCAUGUAAAAGGAUCUACUAGACCGCAGCAGGCCAAUAAUUAAUCAAAACACCUCGCGCUUUCUUGCUCG